UGUAUUUAAAUAGUGAACUUGUGAUAGUGGAAAUAGAGUAUCAUAUUAAAUAUAAGUCACUGUUAGUACUCAUGUUCCGGCUUGGUUGUUUUUCAUGCUUUGCUGACCCGCUACUCUAAGACCCUUAAUGGAAAAACAAAGGCUAAAAUGUCAUGUAUUUUUAAUCUUAGUUUUCAUUUCAAAUGUAAAUACAACGAAAUCGUGAGGGCGAAACUGAAAUGUGAACCCUUAGUGUUCAGUUUCGACCUACUUAUAGUAUGCACGAGAAUAUUUUUUCCAUUUCAUUUUAUUUCAGACAAAAAUUAUAAAUUUAUAACCUCCAAAAUACUCUUUGUUUCACGUAGAGAGGAUUUUGUAAAUAAUAAUAAACAAACGCUUCCCUUUUUUGCGUGAAUCAAAUUCGUUGAUAUUGAAGAACAUGUGUGGCAUCAAAAGAGCAYARCACGGUGGRGAACACCCCCUAGACUAGGUUUUAAAUGCAAAAUCAUGGUGAAAUUAUUUUAAAUUUGUUUUUCUAUGAAGGUAGUUUACUGGUGUUGUGCAAUUGUGUGGGGUUAACAAUUGUCUCUCAUGCUGAUACCAACGUGGCUCACUUGACUUUCGUUUCGCCUUCUUCAGCCUUUCACCUCGUCACUACAAGCAGUAAGCACAAAAACACACGUUUCUUAGGUGCAUUAUUCGCUUCAAUUCCGGUUCCGUUCGACUAGUAAGUCCACCUGUUAUUCAAUAGUUGCUUGGUCGUCGUUACAGCAACUCAAACACGUCACAAAUCAACAUAAAAAUUCUGACAUGGCUGUCAAAGUCACGUGACCUGAGGUUAUAUAUAUAUAUAUAAUAUCAGUCGACGCUGAUUCAUUGCGAUAUUCGACCAAGCCAGCCACAGCAAGGACUAGCUCUCAUGUACUUUCCGUUUGACGGUAAAUUGAAGCGAAUCUUAUUGARAURAGGUAUUGRUGAUCACAUAAGGUAAAUCUAUAAGUACAGAGGUCGACUGUCGCCUACGCUGAAUUUCAUGUGGUGACCAACUGAGCAUUGUAAACACUUCGAAACUUAUAAACGUGAAAUUUUCCAACUUGGACAAGAAAAAGCUUAACUGAAAUUCAACGUGACAUCAUCAGUUUCAGCAAAAAGCAGGUGCCUACACUGGACGAACUUGUCUCUUGAAUGCCUCACUUUGUGAAAUGAAAAAAUCAAACUGAAUUGGAAGCCAUUUGAAAGUCUGAUUCUUCUUCGCUUCAACUUCACAUGGCAAUAGAAGACAUGAUCAACUCAACCGUGCCAAGUAAUAUGACUGGCGUGGAGGACGUGGACAGCGCGGCGGUUCGCGCGUGUAAAGUUCUGGCCUACUGCCUCAUUAUUUUGAUGUCGCUGAUCGGCAACAGUCUYGUUAUUACUGUUAUUUACAAAGACAAAAGAAUGAAAACUAAYAUYAAUCGUUUCAUUGUGAAUAUGUGUAUAUCGGACAUUUUAAUGACUUUAUGGGUUUUGCCCCAAACUAUUUCUUCAAUUGUGCAUGAUGGUCGUUGGCAGGUGACGGGAGAUAUGGGGGAUUUCUUGUGUAAAAUGGUUCCUCUCUGGCAAGAUGUGAGUGCGGGAGUCUCCAUAUUUAGCAUGACAGUCAUCGCUUUUGAUCGUUUCUUUGCWAUCGUCCUUCCUUUCAAAGCGCAUGUGAUAACUACCAGAAGAUGCUAUCUUAUGAUAUUCUUAACGUGGUUCCUCUCUGUUAUAAUUCAUACGCCCUAUCUAUUUACCUUACGACUUUACCAAUUCGAUGAGGAUAAUAUACAAUGCAGACAGAUUUGGCCAAUUGAUCUCAUGGAAAAGAACAUCCCUACGAUAUUUUACUUGCUCCAGUUUUCCAUGUUAUAUGCCGUUCCUCUUCUGUCCAUCGCUUUUUUCUACACCGCCGUCAUUCUCGAGUUAAACCGCAAAUCCAAGACAGAGAACCAGAACAUAACACAGCAGCGCGCCAGACAGCGCGAGAACAGAGAAGUGUCUUUCAUGUUGAUAACUGUGGUUGUGUUGUUUGCUCUAAGUUGGGCACCGCUAAAUACCAUGGCGUUUUUACACUUUUUCAAAUGGGAAAAAGAAGGGGUUAGCCCGUCAUACGGUCGCACUUUACGCUUUGUAGCUGACUUCUUGAUUCACUCCAACUCGGCGCAAAAUGCUGUAAUUUAUUUUACUUUUAACAGUCGAUUCAAGCAAGGACUCAGAAAGAUAUGCUGCUGCCCCAGCGGCCGCGACCAUCAAGACAACGACAUUAGUAAUGGCUACUCGUCAAUGAGAUCGAAGCGUUGGUAUAUCAAGCGUGAUUGCGACACGAAUGUUGAUAGAGUAGAGCUUACUAGCAGAACUGGAAAUGGGGUUAUUUAGUAGGACAAAACAAGAUCAGUUCCUGUAUCAAGAAGUGCAAACAGAUAUGACUACAAAACCACUUGUAAAUUAUUCAUAAACUAAUAACUGACAAAAUAACUAGCUUAAAGAAACGCGUUUCCGAAACCGAAAUCUUAUUCCGAAAGCCACACUCGGAAGAGCAYUGAUAAACAUUUGUCAACAAUCGCUGAACUGAAUCAAGUAAUAUUUAAUGCAUGAAGAAAAAAACUCACUGCGUUGUAUUCAAUGUGAUCUCCCAUGUCAGCAUGUUGCUCUAAUCUCUUUUGGAAAUGUCAUAGUAUUAGAACUCCUCUUUCAUGUUUGUACCAGCAAUUAUUGUAGUGACAAGAAAAUAUUCUUGUACAGUUAUCUAAUUGUGUGCUCCAUGUAGUCCGUCAUUAGAAGCAAUAUCGAUAACUCUACUGCUAUGUUUUUUGUAUUUAUAGAAUUAUUUCUCAUUUCCAUUUCUUACAAAGUUGAUAACAGAUGUUAAAACUUUUUUGUUGUCAUCAUAGCGACGACUCAUAUUCAAAUCUUUUCAAACCCCGAGGCAUUGUGAGAGUUGUGUUUUAGCAAUAUUUUAGUUUUUUAAAGGAUACAUUACUCGGCUGAUAUAUCUAAUUUAUCAAGUAUAUUCGUACAUGACAUAAAAGACUAUUUCAUGUAAAUGAAGGAGGUGUAUGAUUUUUAUGUAAGUAAGUAGCCUUAGCUAUCCGGUGAUUACGAAAAGUGCUUUGAUACUAAUAACCCAUAUUUUUAAGAAAAACUCUUGAAAAUCACUAAGUAUCAAUAAACUUCCUUGACCACCGUACCGACUGUAAA